AUGGCCUUCAAUUUUGCCAAGAGCUUCCAGCUUCCAAAGGAAUUCAACGUGGACUUCCAAAAGUUGUCGACUAACCUCACUUCCACAGUCCAAGGAUCAAUAAAGGAAAUUUCUAAGGAUGUCAAGGACUUUAGCGAGAACUUCCAACCUUACACUAAGAAUGCCAUUGACUUGAUGAAAGAAACCAUUGGAUCGGGUAUCAGUGGUGACGAAGUCAGCGCUUUACCUCCAGAUUAUUUAUUAUUGGAAAGGAAGGCGGACAAUCUCAAGGCCAUUUACAAUCGUUUCUUGGAAGUCACCCAAACUUAUGAAAUUGAAUCAUAUGAUUAUCCUCCAAAUAUCAAGGAAUCGAUAACUGACCUUUCUAAGACAUUUUCUGAAAAAUUCCAAGAAUUGUCUAGUGCGUCCACUACAAAAGAAGCAGAAAAGAUUUUGAUCAAGCCAUCUAGCAACCAGUCGCCAAAGACAUUGGCUCAUGCCAUCGCUAAAGCUGCUGCCGUUUCCAGAGAGUCUCUUUUGAAGCAAGUCGAGGCUGAAGAACAGGAAGAAGAUGAGGAAGAAGACAAAGAAGACUCGUUUGCUAAAGUGUUGUUGAAAUUGGCUGAUACCCAGAAAUCGAUUGGCAGUAAGAGACUAGAGCAAGAUAGUUUGGUCAUCAAUAAAUUCAACUCUAAGAUCAAGGAGAUUUUGGAUAAGAUGUUCAAAGAUACCGUCAAGAAUAGAAAGCACGUUAAUCAAUCAAGAUAUAGAUUAGAUCAUAUCAGGUAUGAAAUCAAAAUUGCUGAGGAAGAACAAGAGAAAUUGAAGACUAGUGAAGGGGAAGACAAGAAGGAGGAGAUUGAGAAGCACACCAAGUAUCUCGAGGACUUGAAUAGCAAGUUGGAAGCUGCUGAAGACGAGUUAGUCAACAGUACUAUUGUUGCUGCCAAGUCGAUGAAGAAGUUCUUGAAUCCUGUUGAGUCCAUUGGAUUGAUUAAGAUUUUGACUACAAUUCAAAUGAAUUACUUCAAGGCUGCUGCUGCUGACCUUGAACUAUUAUUGAAGGAUAUUGACGAGAUUUCGGAGUCAAUUGAAGAAGAGGAAGAAGAAGAGGAAGAAGAACAAGAAGAAGAAGAAGAAGAAGAAGCAUAA